AAAUUAAGCGGAAAAUGAAAAAGUAAAUACUUGAAUCAGGAGAAAAAGUGAUUACUAUUGAUGAUAGCAUAAAUUCAAAAUAAGCAACACCAGUUUAAGCAGUAGUUUAAUAAUUAUCUGCAUAUCAAUUAUUUAUGAAAGAUAAAAAAGUAGAUGGGAAAUUUUCACUUUAAGUACUUAGUUAAAUGUGGAAAGAUUUACCUUAAGAUUACAAAGAGUAGUAAUUAAUAUUAAAUAUUCAAGAGAUAUUAAGAAAGAGCAAGAUAAUUGAAAGAAUAAGUUUAAUAAAAUAAAUUAAUAGCUCCUGAAAGUAAACAUUAUAUAUUAAAUUCAUUAUAAGCAUUCUUUCCUUUAGCUAGAUUGAAAACCAUUCUUAAAGAAGAUGAACAGAAACCAUAAUUCAAACCAGAAGCAUAUUAAUAUAUGUUGAAAGCUAUUGAAGAAUUUGGUGAACUUCUAUUAAACAAAGUAAAGGAUCAAAUAAAAUAAGAUUAAAGAAAAACAAUAAAAGAAGAUGAUUUGAGUAAUCAUAUUUAAAUAAUACUCCAGUAACUGUAAUUAAAGAGAAUGAAGAAUUAUAAUUUCUAAGUUGUUUAGCCAUUCAUCAUUAAAAAAAGAAAACUACUCAAACUCUAAAUUAAUAGUAGGUUAAAUCCAAAAAUUCAGGAGCUUUAGACAAAUUUCUAGAAAACAAUAAUGGAAUAUGA